GGAAUCAUUUGCUUCACAGUUUUUCUCAAAUCAACUUCAGUUGCCAAAGGGUGCCUAUUAGUGUUCAACAUGAAGAGUGACGCCGUUAUUGAAAAGAUUAAGGCUCGCGUUGCCGGCAUUGACGCCAGUGGUCCUCGCAAGGUUCUGGGAGUGUUCCAGUUGAACAUUGAAGCUGCCGACGGCGUUCACGAGCUGGUUGUUGAUCUGAAGAAUCUGAAGGUAUACGAUGGCAAGGCAUCCGGUGCCGAUGUCGUGAUCAACAUCUCGGACGAAAACUUCAUUGCCGUCGGAACCAAGUCUGUAUCCGUGCAUGAUGCCGUCGAACAGGGCAAGGUCAAGAUGACCGGUGACGAAGCCCUCUUCCAGGCUCUGGUUGAUGCCAUCUAAAAUGGAUUAGAUUUUCGACUUUCGCAUUUACAAUGGUCUGACUGAAACAAAUUCUGAAUUCUUUGAAAUUAUCGAUAAGUUAUUAAAUAUAAGGUUUCAAGAGCUAA